UUCCAUUUGGCUUCAUGCAAGUCAUGAAAGCCACUCAAUCAAAAACUCCCAUUCUCAAAUACUUUCUUAUCUCUCUCAUCCUUUCUCUACCUCUCCUCCUUCUCUUCACCUCUCUCCAACCCCACCUCCACCGCCGCCACCACCCAACCGUCACUGACCCCACCUCAGCAGAUCUCAAGAUCCGACCCGGCUACUCCUCCUACGAAACCUACCUUCAACGUCAACUCAACAAAACCCUCAACCCUAAACUACGUCAAAUAUGGACAACGCGUGACUGGGAUCGUAAAAUUCAAGUGUUUGCCAAAUUCUUCGAUGAGUUAAAGCGAAAAAACCUUCUUUCAAACCAAUCAAAAGCUCUCUGUAUCGGCGCUCGUGUUGGCCAAGAAGUUGAAGCCUUGAAACGCAUCGGCGUAAACGACUCGGUUGGUAUCGAUUUAGUGCCGUAUCCGCCGUUGGUUAUAAAGGGAGACUUCCAUAAGCAGCCGUUUGACGAUGAGACUUUCGACUUUGAAUUCUCAAACGUGUUUGAUCACGCACUUUAUCCGAAUAAAUUCGUUAGGGAGAUUGAACGGACGUUGAAGCCAGGUGGGGUAUGUGUAUUACACGUGGCGGUAUCUAGACGGGGUGAUAAGUACUCGGCUAAUGACUUAUACAGUAGUAAACCGUUGGUGAAGAUGUUCAAGAAAUCGGAGAUGGUGGACGUUCGGAAAGUUGACGGGUUUGGGUUAGAUACAGAGGUGGUGUUUAGGAAGAAAGAGAAAAUCCAAAUCCAAGGGUGAUUGAUGAUGAAGUAUUGAUUAAUUUGUUGGUUAUGUUGUUUGUUUAUAGUUUUUGUUGCUGUUUAUGUUCUAUGGCUACGGCAACAUCCAUUUUCUUCCAUUAUUUUCUAGAUUCGUGAAAUGAAAUUAGAUAUGACCACCAACCAAAACCAAUCAAAAUCCAUACAACU